GAAAAUCCAUAAAAUAGCACAUGGCUGUAUUUAAUUGGUAUGAGUUAUAUGAUAUCUUUAAAUGUGAAUUAUAAUUUAUAACGCGAAUAAAUUUCAGAGCAACAUCCCUCUCAUUGGUCCAUGAAAGGGGAACAGCAGAUUUAAAAACUGGACUCCGAUUCCAAGUUUUGUGUUGAAUACAAAAUUUAUAUAAUAAUAUGCAUUACAAGUAAACGAAGGCAACAUGACGUCACAAAGUGGUAACUUCUUUCAAAAGAAAACUGUGGUCGUACAGCCAAUAGUUUUGGUCAUCCUAAUCACAAGCAUAACCGCAUUUCUCCUGGCAUGCGUGAGUCUGGGUAUACCAACUUGGAGGGACUCCACAGUGGACGCAAUUUUGACCAGGACGGUUUCUACUCAUACUUAUUCGGGGUUAUGGGCGACCUGCUCCCACGAGGAAGUCCGUUCGUCACGGAUGUGGAGUUGUUCAUCAUUUAUCACGGAUGGAGCAAAAGGCUACACACCUAGUCUCCGUGCGUGCCAAGGCUGCUCUGUCCUGGGAACGAUGUUUUCCGCCGUAGUUGUUGCGGUUGUUGUCGCUAAGCUGUGCUGUUUCAAAAAUGCGCAGGUCGUUACAAUAGCUAUUGCUGUCUGCUCGAUCAUCGCAGCUACAUUCCUGAUAGUGAGUGUUGUAACAUACAGCAUACAAGUGCGGACGGAUCAAGGUUUCAACGCGGAAGACUUCUCUACAGGAAUUUAUAUAACUAUUGUGUCGAUCGUGUUUCUCGUGAUUUCUGGAGUGCUUGCUAUAUUUGGCUACAGUAUGGAUAAAGGAAUGGAAUCCAAGUAUUGAAACUAACAUUAGAAUGUGGCUGUGACUAAUACUGUAUAUUUGAUUAUUAUUGGAUUAAAUCAACAAAAAACAACAACAAUCAAACAAUGACCUUUAUUUGGUAUAACGGUGAUUUUUAUGUCUCAACAAAAUAGAAAAAAUAUCAGAUUGUAUUGUAUGGGAUCCGAAUGUUAACAUAACAUAUUUUAUCAAAAAUAAAUCUACUUUUACUUUUGACACAGGCAAAUACAAUUAGAGUUAUGCAAUACAGUCAUCAGUUAAACGGCACCUUAUUGAAUUUAAUGUAUUAUGAAUAAACUUGUUUUAAGUUUGCCUCCUCAUAAAUGCCCUUGACAAUAUUCUGUUCGGGCUUUAAAAUGGCCGGGUAUAGAAUCUGUUUAAAAGUAAACAUACGAUUGAUAUGCAUCUAUGGCUAUGGAAUAAACUUAAACCAUUAUACCAAUGGUUAAUGCUACUAAGUUUGGUAAGGAUUUCAUCAGUUAUUCUAAGGUUUAGGGGAGUGGACAAGAAAAGGGGACGCUACAAAAUACGAUCACGACGUGGACACCGGUGACGCUGGAUAACAGGAUGGCCCCUGUGGGGCGCAAGCUGAUGUUAGAUCCUAU